UAGUGACAUGUUUCUUUGCAGUUUACCAUCAGCUGUCGCUGACACCGAGACCACGAUGAGGAUUAUUGCAGUAUUUUCUAUUAAUUAAAUAUUUUUUAAAUAAUAUAACUCUCAUAGGUAAACCCAAUGCAGAAAGUCGAAACUGCUUGGAAAAAAGAUGGCGACUGGAAAGCCAGAUACUCAAGAUUAUAUUCUUGUCAUCGCACAUCAUCCACACAGAGAGAGCAAGAGCCUCGCAUAUCGUUCAUGACGAACGACGCGAUGCCAUUCUCCUCGCUUUCAAAGGUGCGCACGAGCCAACAGGAUAGCUCAGGUUCCGGAAACUCCAGUCCUCGGUACCUCACAUCACUCCUGUCACAGAGGAGUGAACUGUACAGUAGCAGUGCCGGAUCACAGUAUUUGCAGAAUGACAACUUAGGCGGCCACGAAACAUUGUUACUGGACAUGGUGCGCGCGCGCAGUCGGGAGAUACAGGAAGCCCAAGACCAAACUCUGGACUUGCCACAAGACGUCUCUGACGAUCAAUCAAGCGAAGUAUGCAUGCAUGGGCUGACGAUGCGUAUGACUGAGCGCAGCAUCUCCCGCUCCCGCGUGUCCAGAAUAUCCACCCGUCGUGACAUGGACAUCCCAUCCAUCCUGGCAUUCACCACGAACGUAGACCCACCUCUGCCAUCCCGGGAAAUCCCUGCUUUUCAAAGAUUAAACGCGAAGCAAGAAGACAAACCGCGUUGGUCAAUCCGUCGAUCUGUCUGUCCUGUUUGUUCUCAAAAAUGGAAAGACCGAAGUUCCAUAAAUAUAGUUAAAAAUUCAGGCUUAAAAAGAAAUUCUUCAAUGGAAUUGCCUUCUGUCAUUGCACCAGCAAGACUACGGUCAUCUAUAACAAUAGGAUAUGUCCCGCGCCCUGCUCUAGUAGCAGUUGACGAAGAAUUAGGCAUAAACCGUAGAGUUUUUCGAAAUUCUAGUGCUUCGUGGCAACUGAUCCGAGCUCGUCGCUUCAGGGCACCGAAACCUAUCAUGCCCUCUCCAGAAGCUAGCCGACCACCCAUCGUAACAGAACCUUUGGCACAAAAAGAUUUGGACACGCGUGUCUAUCGAUUCCUAACGGAUGAAGAUGUUAAGUUGAUAUGGUGAAGACCUGAUAAUUGUAAAUAAAAAUAAAUAUAUUAAAACA